CGGCCCCGCCUGGGCGGGCGGGACAUGGAGGCCGCGGCGCGCAGUUCGGAGCGGGCCGGGGCCGCCAUGCGGAGCCGCGCCGAGGUGGACGCCACGCUGCAGACGGCCAAGCUGAACCCGGCGGAGCUGCUGCCGGCCGUGCACUGCCUCAGCUUCGGCCCGCAGGCCGGCGGCGGCGAGUGCUGCCUGCUGCAGCUGGAGCCGGCGCUGUGCGCCGAGCUGGAGGCGGGGCGCAGCCUAAUAAUUCGUGGUGAGAAGGAUGAACACGCAGUGUUGUGCAGCAAAGAUAAAACUUAUGACAUGAAAAUAGCAGAUACCUCAAAUAUGCUGCUGUUUGUUCCUGGCUGCAAAACCCCAGAGGAGCUGAAUGCAGAUCAGACAUCUUGUAAUAUCAUUCAUUCACAGAUUGCUGGUUUCUCCAAGAACUAUUGGGAAUUAAGGAGAUGUCGACCAAAACUGAAGAAACUGAGGAAGCUUUUAAUGGAAGAUCCAUAUGAAGGGCCUGAUAGUCAGAAAGAUCAGGCUUCAACAUUUUCAAAGUAUACAACAGAAGAUUUGUUAAGUCUCAUUCAAGCAAGUGAAGAAGAAAUACUCCACCAAUUGCAGGUUAUAGAUGCCUGCAAAAUCGAAGGAUAUUGGAGAAUUCUAGACUUUGAUUAUGAGAUGAAACUCCUGAAUCAUGUGACUCAGCUAAUAGACUCAGAGUCCUGGCCUUUGAGUAAGGUUCCUCUCUGUGCCUGCCUUGAAGAACUUGGAUCUCUAGAACCCAGAGAGAUGAUAGAACACAUUCUUUUAAGCUAUGGCAGGAAAUAUGUUGAUGAUGGGGAGGUUUUCUUUGCAAUGCAUGAAGAUAAAAUAUGCAGAGCUAUAGCACAAAUGCUUUUGCAGAAUGCAGUUAAAUUCAACCUGUCAGAGUUUGAAGAAGUCUGGCAACAGAGUGUCCCUGAGGGGAUGACAACCAGGCUUGAUCAGCUUCAGGGCUUGGCUCUUGUGGAUAAAAGUUCCAGACCAGAGACCAUCUUUCUGCUAAAAGUGGAAGACUUACCUGAAGACAAUCAGGAAAGAUUCAACAGCUUAUUUGGCAUACGGGAAAAGUGGACAGAAGUGGAUAUUACCCCUUAUAUACAAGACUUGUGUGCAGAGAAGCAGACUGUUGGUGCUCUUCUGACAAAAUAUGCUCGCUCCUCAAUGCUGAAUGGUGUAAAAGUUUAUAAUUCCAGAAGACCCAUCUCAUAACAAGUAUUGUUUGAAGAACUGAGGAUACUGAAUCUAGUAGCAGUGAAUGUUACUUGCUGCUGCCUUCUGGGGAAAAGAGUGGCCAACCAUCAUUAUACAGUGUACUUGAGUUUAAGCUAGGCUACUUGAACUUGUCUUGUGCCAAGCUAAGGAGAGUGUGAGGACACUUGUGGCCUCUAAGGAAUGAUAUUCAGCUCACCUUCCUUUGCCAGCCUUCUUUGCCAACUUUCCUUUGCCCAACUACUUCUUGAAUACAUGUAAUCUGUUUAUCUGUAAGUCUGAAAUGAAAAUUUCAAACCUCCUUGAUAAUAAUUCAAGCCAUUGAAUUGAAUAGCAAAAUGGAAAUUUUAGUCUUCUCCCUAUUAGUGGCCAUUCUUAAAGUUUCAAUGCAGUGUUCACAUUUUGAAUAUCACAGAGCUCAUCAAGCUCAUGAACAAAUCAUUCCCCACUGAGACUACAUCAGUCUUGAUUUUGAAAAGUGGUUCUUUUUAAGGUCAUGUCUAUGAACACCAUCAGUACAAGCACCUGACACUUUAAUACUUGGCAGAAUGGCCUUAUAUAUGAUACAAAAAAACCUAAUUGCAGUGAAGUGUGAAUAUUAGAGAGAGUAGUUGGACAUUGUGUUACAAAUUUCCUAUACACUGACAUUAAAAUAUAGCUGAGGUAAAACUGAUGCUUUACAGAAGACUACUUGUGCUUUUUUAAAAAUAACCUACAAAACUUUGUAGUACAAUUAUUUUUAUAAAACUUCUUUAGGGCAAAUUACAGCAUAUAGAAAUUGUGCCUUGAAACCUUACCGUUUUGUAAUGAUAAUAUUAUUCUAUGGAGAGCAAUGAAACAGAGUGGUUUUGUGAUACUGUCAUGAAGUGGUGUGCCUGAGAUGGUAAUUUUGUAAUCAUUAAAAAGGAUUGUUUGCAUGUCAGUAAACCAGAGUUUAAUAUUA